AUGGCAGAUCUUCUUUCAGGUGGCACAGCAGUUGUCACAGGAGCGGCGUCAGGGAUCGGCCGGGCCACUGCAAUCGCUUACGCCCGCGACGGAUGCUCCAACUUGCUCCUAGGAGACCUCUCGGUUGCUGGGUUAGAAGAGACUCGGAAGCUCAUAUUGGAUUCUUAUAAGGAAGUCAAGGUGGAGAUCAGUCUACUGGAUGUCGCAGAUGAGGAGGUCGUCGAGCAGUUCUUCUCUAAAGGAGUCCAAACAUUUGGAAGGGUGGAUUUCGCCGCCAAUGUGGCGGGAUAUGCUCACAAGGCAGCUCCCAUUCAUGACUUAUCGGAAUCGGAAUAUGAAAAGUCUUACGCGGUCAAUCAAAAAGGGGUCUUCUUCUGUGAACGGGCAGAGAUUCGACAGAUGCUCAAGCAAGAGCCGCUGCCGCAGUUUGGCUACAGAGGAAGUAUCGUAAAUGUCACGAGCUUGUGUGCCACUAUUUCAAUCAAUGGGCUGGCUGCUUACUCGGCCACAAAGGGCGGCAUUUUGGGCCUGACAAAGACGGAUGCCCUGGAUUAUGGCCCGCAGAAUAUCAGAAUCAAUGCCGUGGCACCUGGCAACACUUUGACACCCAUGGUCGUAAAUGCGAUGCCGGCGAAUCAUUUGGACCUGUUCGCUUCAAUGACUCCUCUCCGAAGAAAUGCGGUGCCAGAGGACAUUGCGAAUGCGAUUGUCUGGUUAUCGAGCCCAAGAGCUGCCUACAUUACCGGCAUUUCCAUACCUGUAGAUGGAGGCAUGAAUUUGCAGACAGGGCCUCCGUAG